AUGGCAUCGAGCCGGAGCGAUCGAGAAACCGAGGCCUAUUUCCGCAGUGUCAUGGCGGGUGAACUUCAUAUAGAAGAGACGGUCGGAGUCAUGAUGUCCCCAAAGUUCUGGGACUUCCUCGCAUCGACCCUGUCGAAGCACGUCCGCGAACGGCUCGCGGACGAAAUUGGGAGACGUAUCCUAGACAAGGAGGUUAGGGAUGCAGAGCACACAGGCAUCAGUCCGAAGGUCCUUGAGGUGGCGAAAGCGUUCCCGGGUGGAGAGCGGAGACUGCAAGAGCGUGACGAGCUGUUUCAGGCUUUGUAUGCUAGCGCUCCGGAGGGGGGGAAGUUUGAGUUUUUGAGGGAUUGGUUUUGCGGUGUUGUGGGUAGAGAAGAGCAAGGAGAGGCAGGGAGUGGUGGGGAGGAGGAGGCGGAAAAAGAGAAUGGGAAUUCUGAGGCUCAAGGGCCGAAGGUAUGGGAGUGGACUAAAUCAGACUCAGAAGCAGAACACUGGCUUUUCGAACGGGAAGCGGCAAGGGCUAGGGGUGUGCCUUGGGACUGGAACGAAAGGUCUUUGGCUGAGGCUGGAAGCGUUUGGGAAUGGACUAAGUAUGAUUCGGAAGCAGAACGAGAACAAGCCGAACUAAAACGCUUUUGA